AUGUCCCUUGCAGAGGGUGACAGCGGGGCCGUGGUCGUGCAGACGGCCCCGGGGAAGGUGGUGACGCACCGGGGCGGCACCAUCAUCCUGCCUUGCCGGUACCACUACGACGUGUCUGCCCACGACCCGGCUGAGAUCCGCCUCAAGUGGACCAAGGUGACGGAGCCGAUGGCCUUCGUGGCGCUGGGGAAGGCGCGGCGGGCAUUCGGCAGCUACCGCGGCCGCACGGCUCUGCAGGAGGACGGCUUCGGCGACGCCUCGCUCAUCAUCCGCAACGUCACCCUGCAAGACUACGGCCGCUACGAGUGUGAGGUCACCAACGAGCUCGAGGACGACACCGGCAUGGUCAAGCUGGACCUCGAAGGUGUGAUCUUCCCCUACCACCCGCGCCUGGGUCGCUACACCCUGAACUUCCACGAGGCGCAGCAGGCGUGCCUGGAGCAGGACGGCAUCCUGGCCUCGCACGACCAGUUGCACCAGGCCUGGCUGGAGGGCAUGGACUGGUGCAACGCCGGCUGGCUGGAGGACGGCUCGGUGCAGUACCCCAUCUCCCGGCCGCGGGAGGAGUGCGGCCGCAAGGACACGCCGGUUGGGGUACGCAACUACGGCUAUCGGCACAAGGAGAGCGAGCACUACGACGCCUUCUGCUUCACCUCCAACCUCAACG